AUGACCAGGGGUGCUUGGACGUGUUGGCAGCAAGACGACGGCUUCCAAAUCUGGCUCGAGCCCCGCGAAAACGAAAAGCCAUUCACCGACUCCGAGAGGGCGCAGAGAUGGCGACUGUCCUUGGCGUCCCUCCUGUUCCUCACCAUCCUGCUCUCCGAUCACCUGUGGUUCUGCGCCGAGGCCAAACUGACCAGGACCCGCGAUAAGUUUUCCGCCAACAAGGAAACGGGGGCCUACCCGUCCGGCCGCCCCGCGCCCCCCCGACCCCGCUCCGCACACAGCAGCCUCAGAGGAAGCGAAGACGCUAUUUUUAUAGGAAAUUCUACCAAACAUUUGUUGCGACUCGAAACUUGCCCACAGGACAGUUUCUCCAAAGACUGCGUGACUUUCGGGGACGCCGACCAUUUGUGCAAGGGUCUCUCGGAGGCCGACGGCGGCUCGUCGCCUGUAAAUAUGAGUGAUUUGUAUCUCUCCUUUUGUAACUCCUACUCGCUAUUGGAUUUGUUUUACGGGUCGACGAGUGCGGACCAGUUGAACUGCAGCCCGGACGCGCUGAGCGAUGGCGACCUGACGCUGUGCAGCCUGUGCAUCCAGGCGUACCAGCGCUACGACCAGCACGCCCAGGAGAAGUACGAGGACUUUGAGCUCAUGACUCAGAAGUACGAGACGGACGCGUACUCGGUGAGGACGUGCAUGGAACAAUGCAAGGUGGCCUACAAGCCCUGGCUGUGUGCCCAGUACUUCCCCACCACACAGGGCUCGUGUGCCCGUCGGGUCCCCUGCCACCAGUACUGCCUGGAGGUGCAGCAGAGCUGUCCCUUCAUCCUGCCCGACAACGACGACCUCAUCCACGGGGGCAGUCCCAGCUUCAUCUGCACAGGGCUCCUGGGCGAACGUCCGUCGACGCCGGAGCGCGACGCCGAGUGCUGCGACGUCCGGUGGGACGCGCAGACGGACCGGCCGUCGGGCGGGACCCUAAAAAAAAGGACUGCCCCCUGCCAGCCGCCCCCCGGCGCCACCGCGGGCGCCACCGGCGCCGCCGCCGGCGACAGACUCUGCCACGGGCGCCAGCUGAAGAUCUGCCUGCUGGCGCUGGUCCUGCUCCACACGGCCAUCGCCAUGUCCGUCUCCGACUGCACCUCCUGGGGCGCCUGGUCGGCCGCCGCGCCCGAGGAGACGGCCCCCAGCGAGGAGUGA